UCGUUCUUCCGUACGAGUCAAAUGAUGCGGGAGCCGCUUAUGUUGUACAGCUACCGACAGUUUGGAGAAGAGCAGGAACCAGGCGGUGUUUGUGUUCAAAAGAAACGCCCGGUUAACUUGUUUGCCCUCAUCGUUGUCAUUGUCUAUUUGGAGCAGAAUCGUUGUUUUCAUGUUGUGCAAUUCAGAGUGCUUGUGGAAAGUACCACUGGCAUUCUUGCCAGCGAAUUGCUUCUUUUUUCUGUCCGGAGGGUCAUAUCCGACCACGACACCCUCUGCCUGUCUGUCAAUUGUUUAGAAAAUGACCGGAGAGAAGAUCCGCUCCCUUCGCAAGGACCACAAACCGAGCAAGGAGGGGGACUUACUCGAACCGGACGAGGAGGCAGCCACUGGGACGUUUACCUCGACUAGAACCAGCAGCAAAAGCAGAGCAAGUAAAAUCUUCAGCAAUCACAAGUUGGUCAAAUCGCCAUCAACACAGCAACACCACAAUCAGCAAUCGCAGCUAAAUGCCAACACACUACCAACCACGGGGGAUGUUGUGGACGACAACAACAAGAACCCCAUCAUACGAGCCGGUGUUGAGGACUUUCCAGUGCACGAAUGUGUUUUUAAGGGAGAUGUCCGACGCCUGUCUUCCCUUAUUCGUACGCAAAAUAUAGCACAGAAAGAUGUCCAUGGAAACACACCGUUGCAUCUUGCUGUCAUGAUGGGAAACAAAGAGUGUGCCCAUUUGCUGCUGGCCCACAAUGCACCAGUGAAGGUGAAGAACGCUCAGGGAUGGAGUCCCCUCGCCGAGGCCAUUAGCUACGGAGAUCGACAAAUGAUCACGGCGCUGCUGCGGAAACUGAAGCAGCAGUCCAGGGAGACGGUGGAGGACAAGAGGCCCAAGCUGCUCACGGCCCUGAAAGAGCUGGGAGACUUUUACUUGGAGCUUCACUGGGACUUCCAGAGCUGGGUGCCUUUGCUAUCAAGGAUUCUUCCUUCAGACGCAUGCAAGAUCUACAAACAGGGCAUCAACAUCAGACUGGACACCACUCUGAUCGACUUCUCGGACAUGAAGUGCCAGCGGGGGGACCUGAGCUUCAUCUUCAACGGCGACGCCGUUCCCUCCGAGUCCUUUGUGGUGCUGGACAACGAGCAGAAGGUCUACCAGCGGAUACACCACGAGGAGUCUGAGAUGGAGACCGAAGAAGAGGUAGACAUCCUCAUGAGCAGCGACGUGUACUCGGCCACGCUCUCCACCAAGUCAAUCACCUUCUCCAGGGCUCAGAGCGGCUGGCUCUUCAGGGAGGACAAGACGGAGCGCGUGGGGAACUUCCUGGCAGCCUUCUACUUUGUCAACGGCCUGGUGCUGGAGUCCCGGAAGCGGCGGGAGCACCUGAGCGAGGAGGACAUCCUGAGGAACAAGGCCAUCAUGGAGAGCCUGAGCAAGGGCGGGAACCUAAUCGAGCAGAACUUUGAGCCUGCGCGCCGACCGUCGCUAACCCCCCCGGCCCCCAACACCACAUCCUGGGAGGAGUACAUCAGCGCGGACAACGGAAGGGCGCCUCAUCUGGGCAGAGAGCAGGUCUGCAAAGAGAGCAAGAAGAACUUCAAAGCCACGGUAGCCAUGAGUCAAGACUUCCCGCUGGGCAUUGAAUCGUUAUUAAAUGUUCUAGAGGUAGUGGCUCCCUUCAAGCACUUUAAUAAACUCAGGGAGUUCGUCCAGAUGAAGCUGCCUCCAGGCUUCCCCGUCAAACUGGACAUUCCCGUGUUCCCCACAAUCACCGCCACGGUCACCUUCCAGGAGUUCCGCUACGAUGAGUUCGAGCAGUCCAUCUUCACCAUCCCCAGCGAGUACAAAGAGGACCCCAGCCGCUUCCCCGACCUUUAACCUCCUCCUCCCACCCCCCCCACCCCCCAUUGGGACAUGUAGAGAACAGGGGGUAGGAAUCCACCUAAACUACGCCAUAUUUAUAAUACAAUGCUUUUAAAUCUAGCAGAAAAAGGGGUUUGAAUACAUUUUGAUAACACUGCAGACUUGUUGGAUGCGUUUCCACCGUUCCUCCACGUUGCAUAGGAUAUGAAUGGAAUCUCGGGAGAUGAGAUUUGGUUUUUUAAGUACGUGCAAUAUUGGUUGACCGUGGAGACUAGGUUAAAAAAAGGGGAUUUUGAUUCAAACAAAUGUAUGAACAACUUAUUUAUUUGUCGGAAUAAGUCAGGAAGUAAGAUUUGAUUCAGGCGUUCUGUAUUGUAAGUAUGUAUGCAAUGUUUUUAAAAGGGAUGUUUGAAAAGCACACAGACCGAAUGAGGGUCACCGUUGACAUCCGAGGGAACUGAAGGUUAUCCUGCAGACGUAGAUCUGUCCAACCCUAAAUCUAUUGAAGUUUCAGUGCUAGCUGAAGAGCAAUCAUGAUUCAGAACUUCAGAGGAUUGUUUACAUGUGCACAAUAUGACCUACAGUCAGCUUUUGACCGAAUGUCAAUCACUGAUGCUCUCUGGACUAAUGCGUUGGCUGUUUGUCAAAUUGCAAUCCACCAAAGCAGAGCAUCAGUAGUUAACUUGCAUUUUAAGGCCCACUCCAAACUAUCAAUGAGACUCAAUAUGUAGUCUGUAUGUGGCAAGUUCUCAAAGGCAGUCUAGGCAUUAGAAGGUCUGCCCUGUAACAAAUCAUGUUACUACUUUUUAUUUGACUUUUAUGUUUGAAACAAUGGUUUUCUGCACUUUUUUUUGGUACUGCAAGAGCAUCUUCUUACUGUUUCACUGGCAUUAAUGGUGACAGUCAAUUUAAUUUAGCAUAACUCUAAACUUUUUUUUUUCUACCCAACUAGAAGACCAUUUAUUUAACAAAUUUUUUGCGUAACAAUUUUGAGAUAGUUGCUGAUGUUCUGUCCUUUCAAAACCUUUGAAUGGGUCCAAUUGAGGUGAUUUCUGUAUAUAGAUGAUAGACAGCAUUCAUUUAUAUCAUCUUUCCAUAACUACUUAUUUACAUCCUCUCAACAUCUGCAGCAAUGUUGAAGAAACGUUAAAAUAAGGAAUAAACUACAAUGCCGUUAACGGUAUCGCCAUUGUAAGAACCGAGCGGGUUGUAUUUAUUGUUUAUACUGUCAAAAGGUUAAGGGAAUGAAUGGUGUUUCGAGUGUUAAACACAACAGUAUUUUUUCCCCUGGACAUUGUCUAAAUACAUGUUUUAUGAUAUUGUUGUGGUCUUCAUUUGUUUUUUUUCAUGGGUUUUAUGAAUUGUGAACAUUAAGAUUCAAAUGUUAUCGGUCUGUUGAUAUCUUUGUAUAAAGACUCUUGUGCUUGUAAAAAAGAAAAGUCCUAAACUGUCUUUUAGCAUUAUGAAUAUUUUGUUAAUUUCACCACUUCCUUCUCAUCUUUCCUUAUUGUUUUAAAACAUACUAUGCUGGAUACUGUAGUGGUGCAAACGCCACUACCUGUCAGUCAAUUCCAUACGCCUUUUAAACAGAGGUCACAGGUGUAAUUGUAGGGGCCAACACAGGUGUAUUGCAUGAUGUAAAUCAUGUGCACUGGCAUGCCUACAGGCCCAUAGUUAACCUGAUGAGCUACACCACGCCAUGCACUAAUCCUGAUCAACCUAGGAUUCCCGGGCAGCACAAUCUCUUAUUUAUAGUAGAAAGUGUUUUUGCAGUUGAAAAUGUAAACGACCCAAGUAAAGGUUGAUUUUAUUCCAUUAAGGCCUUGGGAGUGUACAUGCCGGUAUGAUGCGUUCCAUAAACGAUCCAGUUAAAUUUUCCCUUCUACUGAUAAGCACAGUAGUUUUGUAAUAAUUGGGCCUCAAGGCAUCUGCAUGCCUAGUAUUAUUUUCAUUCCCCAGGAUCAACUGCUUAGUUCUUUGGAUUGACUUCACACCAAAUGUACAGCAAGCAUUGUAUAUCCCUGCCACUAUUUUCAUAAGAAAAACUUAAAUAAAAAUCCACAUAUCUAAAUUGA